AGAAGGAUGGGAACGCCCACUUGUGCUCCUGGCGCACAUGCGAGGGGUGCUCGGCUUUCUCCGAGCUAAAUCAGGAAAUGCCUUUUAAAACAACAAGCCCAGAUUUAAAGCGAUUGAUGCGUUCUUUUGAUUCUAGUCGCUCGAGGGUGCUUAAUAAUCAUCAAAGACUUGACGAGUCGUUUUAGAAAGAGCCGAGCGAAUAAUUUGAUUCUGCAGAAUGAACAUCUAGACAGAUAAAGUUAGGCGAACGCUGAAGGUUUGGAGGUGAGAGAAAUUACACACCUUUGAUCAUGCCAAGAACGAAAAGCGACGAGUUCACUUUUGUGAGUCCAGCUUUGAAAUAUUUACUUUUCUUCUUCAACAUGAUAUUUUGGGUAAUUGCACUGAUCCUCAUAUCUAUUGGGGUUUAUUCAAGGAUAGUUAAACACGAGACAGCGCUGGCCUGUCUGACGGUGGAUCCUGCUCUGUUAUUGAUGAUAGUGGGCAUUCUCAUGUUCUUCAUCACGUUCUGCGGCUGUGUGGGUUCUCUGAGGGAGAACAUAUGCUUACUGCAGACAUUCUGCGUUAUCUUGACUAUCAUCUUUCUGCUGCAGCUAGUGGCUGGUGUUCUUGGUUUUGUCUUCUCAGACAAGGCACUUGGCAAAGUAACAAAAAUGGUUGACAGCGCCAUCAAGCAUUAUAGGGAUGAUAUAGAUCUUCAGAACCUCAUUGACUAUGGGCAAAAACAGUUUAACUGCUGUGGGGGGAUCUCUUACUUGGAUUGGUCUCAGAACAUGUACUUCAAUUGUUCAAAAGAGAACCCAAGCAGAGAGCGCUGUUCUGUGCCCUUCUCCUGCUGCCUGAUCAACAAAGAGGAGACUGUUAUAAAUACCAUGUGUGGUCAUGGGGUGCAGCAGCUGGAAUAUCUCGCAGCUGGUGCCUUCAUUAACCCCAAUGGCUGCAUUGAUAAAGUGGUGAACUGGAUCCACAGUAACCUGUUUCUGUUGGGAGGCAUCGCACUGGGCCUGGCCAUCCCACAGUUGGUUGGGAUCCUUCUCUCUCAGAUCCUUAUUAAUCAAAUCCAGGAUCAGAUUAAACUACAGAAUUACAACAAGCAGCAUCGCUCAGACCCCUGGAGCUGAAACACGCCAGAAAAAAAAACUCAAAGCUGUUUUAUAGAAAGCUUGGGAACUCGUUGCUGCCUGAAGUGACUGACAUGGACUGGAUACUGAAUAAGGAGAACUGGGCUGAAGAACAGGCAACCAAGACACAUUUUCAUAUGUAAGGUCAUUUGUAUGAUAUUUUAGAAACCAGAAUAUUUGUAGGAAUAGUGUAAGACAACCUGAAGAUCAAGAGGUCAAUAAAACUAUUUUGGGAUAUUUUAUGAGCAUUAUGAGUGUGAUCUUAGUAAAGGAUGGUGCAAACUAGUUUAAUGUGAUAUUUAUUGAUUUCCAGUAUGGACAUUUAAAAAAAAAAAAAACUUUGUGUUGGUAGAUAUUAUAAACAUCUGAGAUUAAAUAGAAAUAAAAAUAUUUUUAUUCACUAUGUAUUUUGCCUAAAGAAAAUUCAAUUUAACAAGUCCAAAGAGUCAUAUGUGCUUCUUAAUCUCCAGAUUAUUUCAUAUCAUAUUAUUUUUUAAGUAUUAUUUCAAAGAAUAUAUUUUUUAUAAGCACAAAACAUUUAAAGAGCAUUGGUUUUAUUACAACAUAACUCACUCCAUGGCAUUUGGCUGUCAUCAACAGAAUCUGGCCAUAAAAAAAUCUGCUUAUAGUCUGCGCUUGAGUUAUUUUUACAAAAGCAAACUGUAGUUUUGUUUUAAUAUUAUAUUAUUAUUACUAAAAAUAUGUGUUAUGCAUAUCUUAUUUUAACAGAAGGAAACUUUGUAGUUGUUGUUAUUAUUACUAUUAUUAUUAUUAUGGCGUUGCAAAUACUAUUAUUAUAGAGAUGCAAAUACACAAACAAACAAAAAUUUUCCCCAUUUCAUAUUCAAUACAAUAUCUCUAUUAUCAAAUAAUUCACCUGCAGGACAUAUUCCAAGGCUUUAUUCUGACAACUGAGUUUAAUUGUGUUGCACAUGGAUGCUCAGGUUUUUUUAUUGGUGGUAAGUUAAAGUCUAACAUGCGUUAUAAAGAUGCAUUCAUAGACAUGGGAGGAAGUGAGGGAGGUAGAUGUUUUGGCCAGGCUCUCCCAUUUAGAGCUUGAGUUUCUUUGUGUGUGGUCCCUGGUCUGUGCCUCUCUCUGACUCAUGUUAGACGGGCUUUUUAAGAAGGCCCUGUGUUGGGAACACACAGCAUAGCUUACCAACCACAUCGACACCAACAAGUGCUGCUGUCUAAAUCUGAUACACCAAGCUACUCAAAGUUUAUUCCCCUCCCUUGAGAAUUCCUUUUAGUUUCCAUGGCAACAGUAUUGUACCCAUGGGAAUAAGAUUUGAAAUGAUUAAAUGAGAUAAACUCACGUCAUGAAUCACAAUCACUGUAAACACAAUUCAAAAUGUGCUAAAGGUACUUCACCAAAAUAAAAGUUCUGUUUUCUGAGUCGACACCGCAAGGUUUCAUUUCGAUUGACACUGUGAAAUUGAUUAAAGUACUUUUUGUAUUA